UCUUAUGAAAGUUUAUGAUCGAAGUUUUGUUUCCAUUUUUGGACCGUACCGAGUCCAACAUGGCGCUUGUGAAAGUGACGAUGUCGAUUGAGUCGGAGAAGAGAAACAUUAUGAAUUCCAAGGCCUCGCUAUUGUGAUUCAAGAUGGCUUGUCCAUUCAGGGAGUGGCAUUCCGUCACUAUAUAUGCAAAUUUAAAACAACUUUUUAUAACUCACAAAUCAUUUGAUACACGGAAGUUCUGUGUGAUAACAUCCAACUUUGUUUUGUUUUGAUUGUUGAAAUCAAAUAUGGCCGACACUUCAAUAAUUUUACAAACUAUUAUGACUUUUAUAGUUGACACGUCAACGAAGAUCCUUUAUCAUUUUGAUUAGUUUUAUAUCUUAUUGUGGUUUCUUGGAGUAAGUAGUAAAAUGGAGACCAGAUAUAGAGAACUAUUAGAACUUCACAGGACAAAGUUUGUCCAAUUAGUUGAGGUUGAAAGACUCUAUCCAAUUUUGCAUGGUGGAUCUGAUGGAUUAUCACCAACUGACAUAGCAGAAAUUAAUAAACACUCUUCUAGAGAAGACAAAGUUGAAAAACUGUUGAGUAUGUUGCCUUCUAAAGGAAAUCUUGCGUUCCAAAGUUUGUGUUUAGCAUUGGAGACAACCUAUCCCCACUUAUUGACAGUGAUGUUUUUAGGAAGUAGCCAUAGACUGGCACCAGAUCAAAGAUCAACAAUGUCUGAUUCAGAAGAAGACAGUGUUAGACGACCAAUAUUACAAGAUUCCAGCUCACAAGAAUUCCGAGACCAUUGGAAACCAGGAGCUGUGAUAUCUACUGUACAAUUUGAACCACAUUUAGAGAAUUUCCAUGCCUCAGCAGAUCAUCACAAUCAGUCAUCAACGAAAGAUAUACAAUCUUCCUUCUCACGUUUCACUAAAGAUUCCCUUAAACCUGAACAGUCCAAAAACUAUGAAUGGCUUAGAUCUCAAUGUGAACAUGCUAUAAAUGAACUACAGUCAAUGAAACAACAAUAUGCAGAGACUAUGAAGCGCUGUGAUCAAGCCGUCAAAGAAGCGGAGCAUUAUCGUGGUCAGAAUAAGUCCUUAUUAAGUAAACUUAGUAAAAUAUCUGAAGAUAAAAAGAUGGUAGAAUCUCAGAAUAAUGAGUUUAGUUCAAUUAAACAACGACUAGAACACGAGAUAGACAGAUUACAACAACUGAGAGAAGAGGAUAAACAAGAAAUGGAAGAAAUGCGAAAACAGCAGAGAAAAGUAGUGAAUUCCAGUGGAUCAAAUGAAGUUUUAAAUGAAAUGUAUGAUACAGCCAUGCAGAGGUAUGAUACAUUAAAAAGAGACUAUGAUGCUUUAAGAGAGCGUUGUGAGCAGACGUCUGCUACCGAAAUUACCACAGAAAAUCAAAUGGAAAUUUUGACUGAAGAAAACCUUCGUUUAAAGAAACGAUGUGACGAAUUAAGUAAGGAAAAUAGUACAAUUUUAAGUGAAAGUGAUGGAAUAAAACAACAGUGCACUUCAGCCAUUCGGAAUUGGAACAAAGCUCUUCAUGAAAAUAAAGCUCUUAAAGAGGCACAGUUAAUGGCUCAAAAGCAGAGAGAUGAUUUACGUGUAGAGAUUCAUCAAUCCUUAGCUAAACAAAUUGGUAUGAAGAAAGAAGUUGAAAAUAUUAUUCAUGAUCGUGAUAACUCGCGUAAAGAAUAUCAAUUGGUUAUGUCCGAACGUGAUGUUGUGCAUAAGGAGAUAGAACAAUUACACGAAAAACUUAAAAUCGCUUCUCAAAAAGUGGAGCUAUUAGAAAAAAAUAAGCGUGAGACUGAAAAUGAGGUAGAAACUUUGCGACGUGAGAUUCGAUCAGCUCUUCAAGAACGUGAUAAGGCUAAUAAGGAGCGUAAUGAUAUCUGUGGGCGUAAACAGGAAUUGGAACAUGAAAGGGAUGAAUUCUGGAAAGAGUUUGAUUCCAUGGCGAGAGAAAGAGACAUAGCGAAAAAAGAGCGUCAUGAAGCUUUGGAACAUAUAGAUAUGAUUAUUAAAGAAACCUAUGAAAAAUCUCAGAAAGAAAAGGCAGAAGAAAUUAAUAAUGCUUCAAAAGAAACAGAAAUUCUAAGAAAACAGAUGGAGAAAAUGAAACAAGAUCUCUCAGAUUCCUUCUCUGAAGCUGAUAUUGCAAAGAAGCGUCGAGAUUGGGCUUUUAGUGAAAGAGAUAAGAUUGUGCAAGAGAGAGAAAGUAUACGUACAUUAUGUGAUAAUUUAAGACGCGAUAGAGACAGAGCUGUUAGUGCUCUAGCUCAAGCUCUUAGAGACUCAGAUGAAAUCAAAAAACAGAAAAAUGAAGCUUUUAAAGAACUCAAAGAUGUGAAAGAAAGGUUUGAAGUUAUUGUUGAAAAAGAAACCAGAAAAACGCAACUCAAUUCCAUAGGUCACAACCAUAGUCGGGAUUCAGCCAUAGAUGCUGAUUUACAAGAGUGGGAAAUGGAAACAUUGGAUAUUGAUUUGCAAUCUGUUGAAGGAGAAGAAAUUGGUGUAGAAUUAACAGGUGGUAAAGAUGAUCCACAGUUCACUAAUGAUACGUCUGUCUAUGUCUCACAUAUCACUAAAGGUAGUAUAGCAGACGGUAAACUCAAGGUAAAUGAUACAGUGCUAAAGGUUAACAAUAUAGAUGUUAGUAAUAUAGAAAAACGAGUAGCUGUCCGAGCUAUGCAUAAAAGUACAGGAAGAUUAAAUAUGGUUGUGAGAAGAAGGAAAUCAACAAGUGCUAGAAUUUGGCAACCAUUACAACUUCUUCUUUCAUGUCAAAAAGAAUGUGGUAUACAUAUAGAACAAGGUUUAUUUAUAUGUGGUGUAUAUACUGGAGGUAUUAUAGCUAAAGAUGGUAUGUUACCUAGUGUAGGUGAUAGAAUUAUACAUAUAAAUGGUAAAUCAGCUGAUUCUCUAACAGCCAGGGAAGCCAUGAAACUUCUAGAAAAAUCCACAGAACCAGUUCAACUUGAUGUGAGACGACAAGCUUCACCUAUUAGUUCGACUGGUUCCUCACCAACUCCUAUCAGUCAAUCUGUGAUAUCUUCAUUAGCAGAACAACCAGCAUCCAAGAUGAGUAAAUCAGAGUCUUUGCCUUCCCAUGGCUCUCACUGGGAUACGUCUUUAGAUGGAAUUCAAGGAACUGGAAGUAAAAUUUUAAGGAGUAGUGGUUCUCAAACGGACAGUUUAGACAGUAUAGGUCCAGUGCGUCGCCAUAAAGAACGCAAUCCUGACACAGAAAAAUCUAGACACAGUGUUCAUGUGAUAGGUAAAGCCUUCGAAAAAAUAUUCCGGCCCCGCAAUCAUGCUCAUGACAAGAAUAGUGAUGGUGAGGAAAAAACACAUAAAAAAGUUAAUAGUAAAGGAAGAAGUGAAAAUGUGAUUGCCGAGUUUGGUCCAGUUUAUGAGAAAGAGGAAGGAAAGGAAAUAAAAAGAAAAAGAAGCCAUGAAGGUGAACAAGAGAGCAACAGUGGAACAUGGCCCAAAACACGUGGACAGCAUAUGAUAAAUAUGUCCGGUGCAGCAACUGUCAUCAUGCCUCAAAAACGAACUAAAGAGCGACCUUCGAUCAGAAAUAUCCAAUUUGAUCCCAUUCCUGAUCAUCCAAUGACAAAUGACUUGCAAAAUACAUCAAUGAGUUCUGACGGGCGUGUAUCAAAACAUGAGACGAUGCCAUGGGACUUUGAGGAAUUACCGCCUUACAUUCCUGUUAGUUCCUUGCCACCACCGACUAAUAUUGUGAAUACCAAAGAUAAGCCUUACAUACCCUAUGGUACUUUCUCUAAUAAUCAUUAUUCAAAAAACUUAUCAACUCAUCCAUCCAGUGACAUAUAUAAUCUGCCAUCCUAUGCCGAUAAACCUGCAAGGCUUCGUCCAUCUUCUGGCACUCAUAAAAACAAUCCUCAAAAUCGACAUUCUGCCUUACCUAGUCAUCAUUCAAAUGGCCAUCAUAUUCGGGAAUUUCGUCCAGUCUCAGCAGAAGUAACUUCACUAAAAAGAAUUGUUGACAUUCCACCAGACAAACUGAGUGCUUCAACAAAUUUUGUCGAGAACUCCAUUCCAUCUCACUCUAAUCGAAUGGUAGGAAGACCCAAUUCCUUUCAACAUACAAGUGCAUCAACACAUAGCCAGUCUGUAUGGUGUAAUAAUGUUACAACAUCACCUACUACUAGUGGUUAUUAUAGACCUAGUCAUCAUAUUGUAUCUCCUAGAUCGGAUUUUGAUCUAGAAAAACUGCCCUUUAACUUUGAUAGACUGAGUACUCCUAGUCCUUCUCAACAUAGUAGUAUAAAUCUUGAUCGAACAACACCUACACCAAGUGAUGAUAUGUUUCCUAAAGCUCAUUCUAUUUCACCAUAUGGUGGUCGACCUUUAUCAGAGAUUGACUUCAAUACAAGUUAUCCAACAUUCCAUAAACGUCCAUUAGCUUUAGAGAGAAUACGGAUUCCAUCUAAUACAAGUGUGGCAACAAAAUCUGGUUCUGUAGAAAUAGUUUCUGACAGAAGCAGUGCCAGUUCACCUUUAUUUGUUUUUCCACAUGAAGAAUACAGUCGGUCUAGAAAACCUCAACUUCGUGAGAUAAGAACAAUACAUAUAGAGAAAUCAGCCGAACCAGUAGGUUUUCAGAUACAACGAGGACCAGAAGGAGGUAUAUUUGUAUCUUCAGUUGGAGAAAAUAGUUUAGCAUCUGAUGCUGGUAUAGUUGUUGGUGAUCAGUUAUUAGAGGUUUGUGGGAUCAAUAUGAGAAAUGCUACAUAUGAACAUGCUGUAACAGUAUUACGUCAAUGUGGUAAUAAUUUAACCAUGAAAGUUGACUUUAAUCCGGAUAAAUAUAGAGAUCAUCCGGAGUCAUCAAGUAAUGGAUCUCUGUCAUCUGUUCCUAAUUCUUCUGGUUUUUCCUCUCCACUCUCUGAUAAUGAAAACAGUCCAAAAACACGACAUACAAGUGGUCAUAACAGACGUAAAAAGUCGAGUUUUGGAUCAGUAGAUAGUGCUAAUCUCCCACCUUUACUGGCAUCAGUGUUCAGAACAUCUUAUCCAUAG